AGCUCCGUUGUGGAUGAUGUUUUGAUCUUUUGCGUAGUGCGCUAAAUUGCAGCAGCGACUUGGAGAGCAAAGUGCCUACUGACUAUGUCAAGUGUGUUAGAAAAGCACCGCGCCUCGUUCCCGCCACUAGUCAGCGCUAGGGGUGUUUUGCACUAGGCGAGACAACCUACCUGGCACACCGCAAGCACUGCAGUAGGUCGUCACCAUUUUGGCUGGUGGCACCUGGCUCGGCGAAAAGACUUUUUCUGAGGUCGUUGUAGAAUCGACUCGUCAACACCUCCAGAGCCAGACCACGAAAGAUGUUACUUCCAUCAAAACGCUCGCUGACGCGUGUUCUGCUGCUGUCAUCUCUCGGCGCAUUGCAAGCAAGAGCAAAGGAGGAUAGCGAUGAUUCCGGUAUAAUUGAUCUUUUUUCCGACGCUGGUGGGUCUUCAAAUUGUUCGUGCAUAUGAACGUAAGGACAUGUGAUUCGCGCUAUCAGCAUUUUUAUAGUGCAACAUUUCAUUUACCUUUUCGAGCCCAAAAAUCUUCAUCUAUUUCCAGCUGCAACCGAGGACGCAGCGAAAACCGCUGCAGAGCAAGAGGACGACGACGAACCCGCAGGAACUACAAGUCCGGACGUAUUGUGAGGAAAAAUCUUCACCUCUCCCCAUAUCGGACUGGAAAUUUGUGAUGCUGUAUUUGCGUACGCAAUUAUCGGUUUGUAUUGCUAGAAAGGCAAGAGACGCAAUUGUGGCCUUAUUUGCAGGUAGUUCGUCAUGCUGCUUCGCGCUUCCAUUUGCCUUCUGUCAUGCUGAAGAUGCAAGGCCUUCCCCCGUGAGCCAGCACUACAGUCCGCAUCUUUUGCCUUCUAGCAUGACAACAUGGCUUGCGGUCACAAAUCAGCAUUACAAAUUUCCAGCUUGAGUAUGGGGAGGAGGGGUUUUUCCUUUUGUUGAUAGGACGACGAGGCUGCGUUGGAUGACGACUCGGAUCUGGAUGCGGACGUGGACCCCGAGAUAUCCUGAGUAAAAACGUACCCACACCAGAGUCAGGAUGGGGAUUUUGCAACACAAACCUAGGAGUUUUGUGAGUCACGCAUGACAAGUUGCACUAUGCAGUGUAGUGCAGGUUCGCAAGUGCAGCCGCAUCACAGACUCAUGUGCUCAUCCUGUUCACAGCAUCAAAAAUUCCAAAACAGGAUUGGAAAUGGCUCUCAUGGGGAUGCGCAUUACAAGUCUUCCUGUCGUUGCAAAUCUGCAUUACAUCUCUGGUGUGGGUACGUUUUUACUCAGGAUACGAGAAGCUAGAAUCCUCCAAAUCAAACAUGGAGGCCGGGAAUCCAAAUCCACCUCCCAACCCGCAUAUGCAAUACAAAAGCAUCGUACUAGUGUAAACUGCAUUGCAAAUUUGCUCAGCAUGACAAAUGCAAUUUGUAAUGCUUUAUUUUUUACCUUAGGAAGAAGAUUUGUCAUGCAUAUUUGCAAUUAGUACGAGAGUAGCGAUACUUUUGCACAGCAUACCGCAGAUGAUGCCGAACGGGAAACCACUACCCCCGCUGCCGCACUACGUGGACCUCGGUGCGAAGCCGAUCUUCGCGGACACAACAGACACUGCUUCGGAGAUGCAAGACAAGUCCAUGUAUCAACUGUAAAAAUGUCUGGGUCUGGAAGCUUCUGACACUUGUCAUGCACGUUUUGCAUGAGCCAUGAGGUCCGUGAUGCAUACCCUAGCAAUACAGAUUUUUUGAGGGCUUCUUGAUGCGUAUUCCGCAUGACAAAUGCCUUCUCAGCGGAGCAAAAAUUGCAUUCCCUUUGCUACUCAUGCAAUACAGAUUUUUUUGGAAUCCAAAUGCAGCAUCACAAGUUGCAUUCUUCCAGACCCAGACACUUUUGCAUUUGAUACCAUGCUGUGCAUGUACCUGGCGCGCAUGACGCUGCAGAUGGGCGGGCCAGAGAUGCAGACCAAGCUCACGAAAUUGCUAGACGUCUUCACGAUAGACGUAUUAAUUUACAUAGUUUAGCACUAGAAGUGGACCUUUUUGACCAGCGUGGAACCAACUCGACCUCCAUCGCUUGGAUUUGUGAUGCCGAAUCUUCAAUGACAUAUGAAAAUAAAUCGAAAUGGUGUAAUAUGCUGCAUGUUGAUGCUAAAGUCAUGACGUGAAAUGAAAAACUACCUACAACAACUAUCAGCAACAGAAGAUUGAGCCGCGUUUUGUGCAGGACUCUCUGAUCGUUGGGCAGUGGUCGAAGUGUAUGGAUUGCAAAUAUGUCUGGGUCUGGGAGCGUGGAGCUUGUAAUGCUGUCUGCGGAUUCUAAAAAUGUCUGUGUUGCAUAAGCAGCAAGAGGAGUCAGUUCCUGGUACGCGGAGAGGGCUGCAUUUCUCAUGCGUAAUUAGCAUCAAGAAGCUCUCAAAAAAUCUGUGAUGCUAGCACCAGCAUCACAGACCUCACGCGUCAUGCAAAAUGUGCAUGACAAGCCCCGACUCUUCCAGACCCAGACAUUUUUACACUUGAUAAAGUGCCUGGUAGAAAUGGACAACGGAUAUUCCUUAAAAAUUAACCAUCCCCAUGAUCCACUUUUUGCAUCACAGACACAGAAUUUAUAUACAUGUUUUGCAUGACAAAGAACUGGAUGGGGCUGGUUAAUUUUCAGGGAAUAGCGGAGAUGUGGAGGAGUUUGUUGAGGGCGGUCUGGUAAACCCGGAGAACCCAUAUCACACAGAAAACAGCCACAACUAGUACCAGGUUGCAUAUUGAUUUGUAAUGGAGAAAUGAAUACAGAUACACUGAGACUGAACUACAGGGCUUCGUUCAUCUGUGAUGUUACAUGGACCGCUCCUAAGCUGCAACCUGCUAUACAAAUGGGCAUGCCCUCCAUCGCAGAUUUUGCUUCCUAUUUAUUUUUGCAUUCCAAAUAAUUACAUGCCCUGCUAGGUAGCUGUUUUUACUCGUGGAUAGUUUAGGGCUGAUGCCCUACAUCCAGGAAUGGCUCCAGAAGAACGUGCCGGAGGACUUAACCGACAUCGUCAUCAUGCCCUUCGGUCCGUUGCCCAAGAUUUCCAUGCAGGACUUCAAUCUGGUGCAGAAGACCGUACACGACGAGCAGCAGCUGCUGCAAGCAAAAUCAACCCAAUCCGAGGCCAAGGCCAAGGCGAAGGAGCGCAAGCGUGCGAGGGCGAAGAAGCGGAUGGAGCAGAACAACUGGAUGUAUGGGCUGGGGACCUACGGUGGCGUGAUCUACCUGUUUUGCAUCAUCGCCAUUCUGUUCCUCUUGAUGGGCGGGGCGGUGCUCUUUCUCGGGGAAAUAUCAGAGUGCACAGCUCACCCUCCCCCGAAUGUAUAGCAUGAACGGCAACACAAGCAUCAGCAAGAGUGCCGGUUUUGCAUGACAGAUUGGCACUGAAAUGACAUGCUAUUUCUUUGGGCCACCAGAGCUUGUCAUGCAAACAGUGGCAAAAGUGAAGAGGCACUUUGGGUAUUUUGCAUGACAAGUGAGCGGGAGGGGGAGUUGUGCACUGUCAUAGCAAAAGCAAAAGGAAAACCAGGCGAACAAGAGCAAGGCGAAGAUUUCGUUGAAGAACCUGAACAACCCGAUGGGGCUAUGCUGUGCCAAAACGUCUUCAUCCCAGAGUUGUCAUGCAAAUCUGCAUGCUUAAAAAUGUUUCUCAUGUGGAAACCCAUGAGGAGCCUUUUCCAGUGGCGUUAUGAGAUUUGUGAUGCUCGAAUCAGGAUGAUAUCUAUGCCGGAACCGUGAUGCUGCUGCACUAGCUAAACAGGACUUCAUUGCGAGCCGAAACUUGUCAUGCGCAUCAAAAAUUAAAUUUUGAUUUUCUUCUCGGGAGUCAAUCUGUGAUACUAUUUAUGCUGGGAUGAAUUUUAAUAAUGGUGGUUUGUAAUCUUAGAUCUUUCUCAUAUGGGACAUAGAUGCAUCUAUCAAUUGAUGUAAAAAUAUGAUUUUGAUUCUCGUCUUUUCUAAAUGUUGAUAUAAUCUCUAGUCU